AUGCCACAACCACCUGUCAUCAAUGACACCACGCUCUCCGCCACCCACUCCCUAGUAAAAUUCUCCAUCCACACAUCAACCCAAAUCUCACGCCGCACUUCCGCCGUGCUCGAGAACCUACAACCACAAGAUCCCAGCAAUAACGACAACAAUGGCACCGGAACCGGAACCGAAAAACCCGUCAUCGUAGCCCUAACAGCACCAACCCCCAACGCCACCAACAAACUCAUCACUAUCGUGGAAAUCGCCAAGCGCGAGCUCAAGGCGAAAGAUGCCAAGUGUUUUCAGUAUAAUGCGUUGAGGUCGGAGUUGAUGGAUGUUCCGAGAGCGAAGAAGGGAAAGGGUGAGGGCGAGGGAGGUGUGGGUGAGGGGGCGAGUUUUGAGACGAUGGGGGAGAGGGAGUUUGGCGAGACGAAGAAGAGGAAUGUGCCCGUUAUGACGGUUUAUCUAUCUUUGAGCUCGGUGCGGGAGUUGAAGGUGGCGUUUGGUGAGCAGGUAUAA